UGUCUUCUUUUUCAUAUAACAAGUCAGGACAGGCUGUAAAUUUCUGGUACAUUCAUUACAGUGUAGCUAAUGCACACAGGACACUGUAAAACUCCCUGCAGCCAAAACUGAACCAUGAAGAAAACAAAAAUCUAUAACUCCCUUAAUUUUGCUCUUAGCAGAGCACAUUUCCUGCUACUGGAUCCAAGAUGAAAUAUCCUAAAGGCAACAAUAAAGUAUGAUUUUUUUUUCAUGUCCUUUUUGUUUUGCAUUUUCAUAAAACUCUUCACAGCUUGUUCAACUAUAUUUCUAAAACAAUAAAAUUCAUGCUCAAGAGUCUAAUCAUUUAUUUAAAGUAAUAGCAUCAGUUUGAUUUCAUGUUUAUUGUCCAAUGCAUUUACUUUGAAUAUAUGAUGUUUAUAAAUUAAAUUUACUUCAUUUUAACUUCUAAGAAGUGAAAUAAUUGGUUUUCCAAAUUGUUUUCACCUGUAUAAAGAAAUGUGUGACUACUGCUCGUCACAUGAGUUGUGAUCUGGAGAUUCCUAACUGCUGAUGACAAAUGUUGGCAGAUUUAUUGUAAAUUAUUAGCUGUAUCAUCUUGAUACUUUGUCUUUUCUAAAGCCUCUAAAGUAUUGGUCUCCCAGGAAAAAGAAUUACAUCACACCAUCUUCAAUUGUACUAUGAUGUGUCUGCAUAUUCUCUGCCAAUAAAAUGCCAAAGGAUACUAAUUCUUUUCUGUUUUGCUAAUCAAAAGAAGUUGUUUCUGGCCAAGUACUCCAUUAAGAAAUUACGAGUCAUCCACUUUGGUACACUGUAACCUUGUAAAACGCAUGACUCAGCAAAACAAGCUUAAGCAACACACGAUUUUCCCUAUAUAUUUACCUAAUUAUAUUCAUUUUCAAUUGAAUUAUCAAAAAACAUCAAAAACAGGCAUUUUUUAGGUGUCGGGUUUCAAGAGCAUUUGGAAGGUGAAAUGUUAUUUGCUUCAGCCCUUUUUUAUUUGAAAUGCUGUUAUGUUUUUUAAACAUGCAGUAUCAAGUAAGAAUUAAAGAAUUGAGUGCCUUUGUGUAUGAAUAAUCUAGAUAUUCUGCAUGCUCUUGUUGUUCUGAGCAGUUUAAAGGAUGACAAACUGUCUUGAUGCUAAACUAACUAAGCUUCUGUCAUCAUCCAGUCUGUCAUGAAGCCUACAGGCCACUGCCUCCUGUUCUGUGAUUGUGUGUCUCUCAGGUCUCCUUCCAUUAGUCUUUCCUCUCUGGCUGACUCACCACCUCCAGACAUGUCACCAAGAGCUACAGCCUGCUCUAUCUGCAUUACCACCUGAGCAUCUCAGCUUAAAACCAGGCUUCAUGAGAGACAUAUUUGAUUUCUAAGUAACAAUAAUGAUAACUGAAAUAUAGCUUGUUUGUAGGUACAAAUAUCUAGGCAUUUGUCUAAAUAUAUAUGUCAAUUUUUAAUUUUAUACUUCUCUUUUUUUUCAGCAUGGAAUAAACCUAUUACUUGUUCCUAAGAUGUAUUAUGAAUUCUAAAAGCAAAACUAAUCACAGUUAAGAAACCAAGGCUGGUGCAGAUUUUUUGCAAUACAUGUUAUUUCAUACAAUCAAUUCCAUGUCGCUAGACAUUAGUUUCUAUUGGCCAUUAGAGGUGUGAAAACACACCUCUCUGGCCUCCUAGAUCCUUCAACAUUUACAUUCACUAUAUUACAUUUUCUCACCAUGUUGACUAAGGGACCUGUUUACCCCUGUUAUGUCCAUUUGCUUCCUCCCUGGCUCUUAAAAUGUACAGUAACUGAAUAUUCUCAGGAGGUGCUUCAGCAGGAUGGUUUGUUUAUGAAAAUUGUUAGUCUUUGUGGAAGGCUCACAACCGCUCUUUCCUUGACAACCGAGAGUCCACCCCCCACUCUCUCAAGUCUGCAAGGAUGUGCCCCACCAAUUCCCUGACUCCCCACUCCUUGUUGUGCAGGAUAAAGGAAUUCCUUGCCAAAGUCUCUUCUUCGUAAUGGACACCAGCAGUACUUGGAUGGGAGACCUCCUGGCAAAGCUAAGGCUGCUGCUGUAAGAAGUGUUGUAAGUGAGACCAGUAGGGGGAGCUCGCUUUGCAGUCUCUGUGGGUCCUAAUGCCCCAGUAUAUGUCGUUCCUCUGCCUUUAUUCUAGUGUUUGACCACUGGAUCAGACGCCUCAUAGUAUUGGGAACCAGUGCCUGACACAUCCAAUACCUGGUGACAUAUUCGUACCUUACCCACCAUAUGGAGUUGAAUACCACUUCCUGCAGUGCUCAGCUGAAUGUGGCCGAUAGCAUUUACACCAUCACAAGGCACACCAAAGCUGUUUUCAGUAUCUUUUUUCUAGCAAAAAUAAAUGUUAUUUCAGCUCUAUAUAGACAUUUACAUUGUUAAAUUCAAAACAUAUUGCAUACACUCAAGGUACUUCCCAAACCCAAAGCCCAAAGACGUCCAUCCAUCCACCCCUCCAUUCUCUAACCUCUUCUUCCAGUUCAGGUCACUGGGGAGCAGGAGCCUAACCCAGCAAGCAAUGGGGUGCAAGGCAGCGUUCAGCCAUCGCAGAGUGCAAAGCCAAUUUGGUUUCUUGUCCUUCCAAAUGCCCUGUGUCUCGUUGUGGUUGUAUCAAUGUUUUCUGACCAUACAGUAGCCUUCAGGAUUAGGUGCAGCUUCACACAACCCUCCAAAUAUAAAGAUCAUACUGAAAAUGGAUGGAUGAUUUGUAUUUCUUCAGGCAAUUCUAUUUUAUGGUGUUAUAAUGUAUAAGUGCCUCAUUUGCAAAGUAUUAACGUGCUUAAAUAUAGGUUUAAGGCAUGUGCAAAAUAUAUGAUCAUACAAUUUCAAACCAUUUUAAUUUGAAACCAUUACUGUACAUUUAAUUUUUGAAUGCUUAUAAAUCUCCAGCCCCCUAUAUUCCCAAUAAUGAGUAACUGAACUCUUUACCAGACAGUGAUCGUGACGUAAAAACUUAAGAUAGCCGAGCUCCCAACGCUAUCAGGAAAGAAUUGACCGCAGCCGCGCGUCCUUUGACCGUCUGCCAAAGCGCGUGUCGUCAUCAACCUGGAGCGCGCGCCGCCGAACUGAGCGGGUCUCGGCGCCGCGCAUUCCCAGAGACUGAUGGGGGCGCGCAUGCUUGCGCCGCUGCAGAGCUGAGUCCGUGCAGUUGAAGAGAGUAAUCCGGGCAUUUACGUUUGAUAUCGAACCAAGACUAGAAAUUAAAAACAGGUAUCGAGGAAACCGGACGGCGAGAAAGGAAGCAUUUCGGCGUUUCACACAGGGCGUUGAGAAAAUAUCAAAUAAACACGGGUGUUUGUUAUAAUUGCGCAAGGCAGGCCGAAAACUGACGGAUGAGGUUCCUUUUCCAUUCCAGCGUCCAUGGAGAAACCGAGAGGCAGGAAGAGUGCCGGUGUGUUGUAAAUAAUUGAAGAUCCACCCGGUGUCCGUAAAAGAGCGAAAAAUGCAUUUACACCAGGUGCUUACGGGUGCUGUCAAUCCAGGCGAUAAUUGUUACUCGGUCGGAAGCGUCAAUGACAUCCCCUUCACGGCUUACGGAUCAGGAUGCGACAUUGUUGUUUUGGCGAGCGACUUUGAGUGUGUUCAGAUCAUACCAGGUGCUAAUCAUGGGAAUAUUCAAGUGGGCUGCGUGGAGUGCUCACCUCAGCUGGGGCGAAUUGCAGCCUCUUAUGGGAAUACUGUGUGUAUUUUUGAGCCAGUUUCUUCAAAUCCACACAAAAGACAUAAACACCUAAAUUAUCAAUGGCAAAAGACAGGACAAUUUUUCCUCAAUUCCAUUACCUGCAAUUUGGCAUGGGACCCACCAGGCAAUCGGAUAUUAACAGCAACAGAGCAAUUGCAGCUCUGGGCCCCGCCUUCUAGUGAUGUUCUAGUGGAGGAGGAAGACUGUCACGUUACAGAUGACAAAAUACUACCAGUCUUAAAUGACUGGAAAUGUGUCUGGCAGUGCAAGACUGCAGUGUCGGUCCACAUUAUGAAGUGGUCCCCUGAUGGUGAAUAUUUUGCCACAGCGGGGAAGGACGACUGUCUUUUGAAGGUGUGGUAUCCCACCACAAGCUGGAAGUCUGCUGUUGUAAUACCAGAGCUGCCUGACAAAAAGCCACCACCUGUCCAUUUCUCCUUUGUCUACCUGGCACAUCCUCGCACUGUCACAGGGUUUUCUUGGAGGAAGACAAGCAAAUAUAUGCCUAAGGGAUCAGUGUGCAAUGUACUUCUUACCUCAUGUCAGGACGGCAUUUGUAGACUCUGGUCUGAAACUCUGCUGCCAGAAGACAGUCUUCUGGGUGGACAGAUCUCGGAGAGCAGCACCAGUUUCAGCAGCAGUCUUCCUCAUCUCGGGAGUCAGAAAGAUAAAAUCCAACAUGCACUGGAGACGAUUCAUCAUUUUAAACAUCUCAGAAGAGGCCGAAGGAGGUCUUCAGCAUUAGUGGCCCACACUGAGUUGUUACCAAGUCAGCUGGGUUCACAUGAAGUCCACAGACACAUUUCUCAACAUGCUAACGCCCUUUGCCAUUUUCACAUUGCAGCAAGUAUCAACCCUAACACAGACAUUCCAUCAGUAUUGGCUGGUACAGCUUUCAUAUCAGAUGAAGGAAACGGUGGCUUUGUUGUCCAUUGGCUUAACAACAAAGAUCUUAGCUUCACGUCUUCCAUGGAUCUGUUCAUGCAGCAGCUGAGAAAGAUCUCUGAGCAGCACCUAGACCCAACCACUGAGGAGUUUGACCAGGAAGGGUUACAGAUGAAGUUUGACUUUGAUCUGGAUGACAUGUCUGACAAGGGCUCAUCGGAGCAUGAAGAUGGGGAGCAGGAAGGGAGCACCAAAGCAUCAUCCCCCGGCUCCAGUAGCAGUGUUCCACUUCCCACAAUGCUGCUGGACAGGAAGAUGGAGGCCCUUGUUACAGAGUGGAACAAGAGCCCUGACAUGCUUUUUACUAUCCAUCCAGUCGACGGCUCCUACUUAGUCUGGCAUGUGAAGUAUUUGGAUGAAUACACCCCUGGGAUUUUCCGACAGGUCCAGGUCUCCUUUUCCUCUCGUAUUCCUGUGGCUUUCCCCACUGGAGACGCGAAUUCCCUUAGUAAAAACAUCAUGAUGUAUGCCUCUACCUUUGCCGAGAAGGAUCCUGGUCAUGCUGUGGAGCAGAAGACCCCAGUAAAGAGGAUUCCUCAGAGUGCAUCGGCUGCAGCUGGAUUAGGCUCUGGGUUGGGCUACUCAUUGGGAGCCAUCGGGGGACCUGCAGUAAUGAUGGUAUCAAAGCACAUUGAUGGCUCUCUGAACCAGUGGGCUGUGACGUUUGCAGAGAAGUCCGCUUUCUCGUCAGUGUUAACCGUCUCCCACAAAUUCAGAUACUGCGGGCAUCGCUUCCACCUCAAUGACCUGGCUUGUCACACGGUGCUUCCUUUGCUCCUGACAUCCUCUCACCACAACGCUCUGUCCACGCCCCAGUGCGAGAAUGAGUGGGACCUGGAGAAGGAGAAGCACAUGCUGCAGACCGUCCGGCCCCUGAAAAGGUUCUCCAGGAAGCAGCUGAAAAACGCAGCCACUCGAACGUUCCACGACCCGAAUGCCAUCUACAGCGAGCUGAUCCUGUGGCGCGUGGAUCACAUCGGGCCUCUGUCCUGCACGGGCGGCGUAUCCGAGUUGGCUCGGAUUAACUCUUUACAUACCUCUGCCUUCUCUAAUGUGGCCUGGCUUCCAACACUGGUGCCCAGCUCGGUGCUUGGUACCUACUGCAAUUCUGCAAGUGCUUGCUUUGUGGCUUCUGAUGGCAAAAACCUUAGGCUCUACCAAGCCGUAGUGGAUGCACGAAAACUUUUAGAUGAGCUUUCAGAUCCCGAGAUAUCUAAACUUGUUGGCGAAGUCUUUAAUAUUGUCAGCCAACAGUCCACGGCUCGGCCUGGUUGCAUUAUCGAACUUGAUGUCAUUACUAAUCAGUGUGGUUCAAAUACACAGCUUCUUCAUGUCUUUCAAGAGGACUUCAUCUUGGGUUAUAAACCACACAAUGAAAAUGAUGAAAUAUUGGAUCCAUCGUGUUUUCCAGCAGCACCAGGAUUCCAUCCUCAACCUUUUUCAGAAAAGUUCUUUCUUGUGGUAAUUGAGAAGGACAAUAACAGAAAUUCUGUUCUGCAGAUGUGGCACCUUCAUUUAAAAUCUGUGCAAGCUUGUGUGGGUAAAACGAUACCAGAACAGCCUUUUGAAAACCAGUUAACAGUACCAGGUCAGAAUGAUGCAGAAUCCUCACCAGAUACCUCCCCAGGACAAAGCCCCCUUCCCCGCUCAUCAUCAACAGCAAACCUGCAGUCUGCGAGCAAGCUCAUCCUCAGCUCCAAACUGGUGUACAGCCAGCCUCUAGAGCUGCCUAGGGGUGUUGAAGUUAUCCGGGCCACACCCUCAGCAGGGCACUUGAGUUCCUCUUCAAUUUACCCCGUCUGCUUGGCACCUUACUUAAUUGUGACAACGUGCUCUGACAGCAAAGUGAGGUUUUGGCGGUGCAAUGUGGACACAGAUUGUACCUCUGGGGAUCCCGAGGAAGGCCGUGUGUAUCGAUGGGAGCCCUGGUCUCUGAUGAAUGAGGAGGAAGACAGCGACAGUGCAGUGUGUGUUCAAGGGAGGCCUGUUGCUGUCAGCUGUUCUUACACUGGGCGAUUAGCAGUGUCCUAUAAGCAAAUGGAGCAGAACAAUGGCUGUGUCUCUAAAGAUUUCUCAAUGCAUGUGUCUAUUUUUGAAUGCGAGUCAACUGGAGGGUCUGAAUGGGUGCUGGAACAGACUAUUCAUCUGGAUGAUUUUGCAAAGGUUGGAAAUGUGCUAGACCCCAGAGUCAGUGUUGAUAGUAACUUGUUUGUGUACAGCAAGUCAGAUUUAUACCUUAAUAAAGAAAUUUCCUUGAGCCCAAAUAUAAAACAUUUUGUUCAUCUUGACUGGCUGUCCAAAGAAGAUGGUUCUCAUAUACUGACAGUAGGAGUGGGAUCCAACAUUUUAAUGUAUGGACGCAUCUCUGGGAUUGUAAAUGAGCAAACCAGCAGUAAAGAUGGUGUAGCUGUCAUUACUCUGCCUCUAGGUGGAAGCAUUAAGCAAGGAAUAAAAUCCCGAUGGGUUCUUUUGAGAUCAGUGGACCUAGUAUCUUCAGUGGAUGGUACUCCUUCCCUACCUGUAUCCCUGUCAUGGGUGAGAGAUGGUAUACUUGUUGUUGGAAUGGACUGCGAAAUGCAUGUUUAUGCUCAGUGGAAGCAAGGCAAGAAACCCACUGGUGAAGCAGAGAAUGAGAGCGUGUCAUCUUCUGAGAACAUUGCAAGCCAGGCUACAGCUACAGAAAGUGACACCAAAGCCAAGGCAAAGAAGCACAGCGUGUUUGAAGGAACUAUGUGCAUGGAGGAUGCUUUCAGAGCCCCUGCUGUCACUCAGGAUGGGGGUCUUUUUGAGGCUGCACAUUCCCUAUCACCCACUCUGCCUCAGUAUCACCCCACACAGCUCCUGGAGCUCAUGGAUUUAGGCAAAGUCCGUAGAGCCAAAGCAAUACUUUCCCAUUUGGUGAAAUGCAUUGCUGGGGAGGUGGCGGUAGUGAAAGAUGUAGAAGCAGGAGAGGGAGGAGCAAGGCGUCACCUCUCCAGGACCAUCAGCGUCAGCGGGAGUACGGCAAAGGACAUCAUCAUAGCUGGGAAAGAAGGCGGACGGGAUUACACAGAAAUCGACUCAAUUCCUCCAUUGCCUUUGUACGCCUUGUUGGCUGCUGACUUGGACACCUCAUACAAGGCUGUGGAGGAAAUCGGGAAGGGGGUCAAGGGCUCAGAGGCGCAAACGCAGAAGUCGUCAGAAGACCAAUAUGCAGAACUGUUCCAGGUUCAGUCAGUUACGACUGAUGAUUUUGUCAGCUUUGCAACUGAAAAGAAGGAGAGUAAAUCACGUGUUAUUAAUCUGUCACAGUACGGGCCUACUUACUUUGGUCCAGAACACGCCCAGGUGUUAUCGAGUCACCUAAUGCACUCCAGCUUACCUGGGCUUACUCGUCUUGAGCAGAUGUUCCUAGUGGCACUAGCUGACACAGUGGCCACGACAAGCGCUGAAGUGAGUGGAGGAAGCACAGACAAACAAUACACAGGAGGCGAGACGCUAGAUGAGUGUGGUUUGAGGUAUUUGCUGGCUAUGCGUUUGCACACCUGUUUGCUGACGUCUCUUCCUCCAUUGUAUCGUAUGCAGCUGCUGCACCAAGGUCUCUCUACUUGCCACUUUGCUUGGGCUUUUCACUCCGAGGCAGAAGAGGAGCUUCUGAACAUGAUCCCAGCGAUGCAGAGAGGAGACCCGCAGUGGUCCGAGCUAAGAGCCGUAGGAGUGGGCUGGUGGGUCAGGAACAUCAACACUCUCAGGAGGAUGGUGGAAAAGGUUGGGAAAGCUGCUUUUCAAAAGAAUAAUGAUCCAUUGGAUGCUGCCUUGUUUUACCUCGCCAUGAAGAAAAAAGCUGUUCUUUGGGGGCUGUUUAGGUCCCAGCAUGAUGAGAGGAUGACCCAGUUCUUCAGUCACAACUUCAGUGAAGACAGGUGGCGCAAAGCAGCAUUAAAGAAUGCCUUUUCCCUCCUUGGAAAGCAGCGGUUUGAGCAGUCUGCAGCCUUCUUCUUACUGGCGGGUUCACUGAAAGAUGCCAUUGAGGUGUGCCUUGAGAAAAUGGACGACAUCCAAUUAGCCAUGAUUGUUGCUCGGCUUUAUGAGUCUGACUAUGAAACCUCCUCUACUUGCACGGGCAUUCUUUAUGAACGAGUUCUGGGAUGUAUGAAAGAUGGAACAGGCUUCUCUUGCACUAAGUUACACCCAGAUCCUUUUCUGCGGAGCAUCUCAUACUGGAUAACAAAAGACUAUACAAAGGCUCUGGAUACACUUUUAGAACAGAUACCAAAGGAAGAUGAUGAAAAUCCAGAUGUGAUGGUGAAAUCUUGCAAUCCUGUUGUCUUCAGCUUCUAUAACUAUUUACGAACCCAUCCUCUGCUGAUCCGAAGACACUUUGCCUCUCCAGACAGCACGUUAGCUACUUUAGGCCUGACAGCUGAAAAGAGCAAUGCAGAUGAGAUCAAUCUCAUCGAGCGGAAGUUAUUCUUCACCACUGCUAAUGCCCACUUCAAAGUCGGUUGUCCAGUUUUAGCCCUCGAGGUGCUCUCCAAAAUACCAAAAGUUACCAAGAAGUCCACUUCCUCCUUGAGCAAGGAGUCAUCAGUGAUUAAUGCGAGGUCAUCUCAGCCGCAGGAAAAUGGAGGAAGAACUAGUGACGUGGACUGGUCAGUGUCAGACAUGUCCUCCGCGGGUUUGGCGUGGGGGAGUAGUGGCGAUACCGCCACAGUAAUUGACUGGAGCCAGCCGGUGAUGACCCUGGAAGACGAGGGCUUGCAGCUGGACUGGGGAGAUGACAAAGACGAGGAUGAAGAGGAGGAGGAGAAUGGUGGUUUAACAAUGAAAGCGUCUAAAUCAGAUGAAAAGGUUGCACUGCCAAAAGAGCAGCUGAGCUCAGGAACAGUGAAACCUCAGGGUCUUAAGAGAGGGGACUCCGGGGCUGCGGACUCGGAGGUGGAUGUAAUCGCCGAGCAGCUAAAAUUCAGAGCAUGCUUAAAGAUUCUGAUGACUGAGCUCCGCACACUGGCUACGGGGUAUGAGGUGGAUGGAGGCAAGCUGCGGUUCCAGCUCUACAACUGGUUAGAAAAAGAAAUAGGCGCCAUGCAUCAGAUCUGUAACUACAAGGUCAAGGGCAAGGAAGCUUCACCCGAACUAGAGAAAUGGAAAGACAGCGAUUCACUGGAUCAGGACAGUGCUCUAGACAAGACUGAUGCGGGGUCCUAUGAACGGCACCAGCUGGAGCGUCGUAGGUUGCAGGCCAAACAGCAGCAUGCAGAAAGGCGCAAGGGCUGGCUGAGGAAAAACCAAGCACUGCUGCGAGUGUUUCUGAGCUACUGCAGCCUGCACGGUGCACAGGGAGGGGGAGUUGCAUCUGUAAGAAUGGAACUCAUAUUUCUGCUGCAGGAGUCACAACAGGAAACUACAGUAAAACAGCUUCAGUCCCCUCUUCCGUUGCCAACAACGCUGCCUUUGCUCUCUGCAAGCAUUGCUCUUACCAAGACUGUCAUAGCAAACCCAGUUUUGCACCUGUGUAACCAUAUUCACGACAUUCUGUAUACAAUAGUGCAGAUGGACUCUCCACCACAUCCUGAUUUUCCCGAUGUAAGGGUUUACUUAUUGCACACGCUGGCAGCUUCCCUUUCUGCAUGCAUCUACCAAGCCCUGUGUGACAGUCACAGCUACAGCAGCCAGACGGAAGCAAAUCAGUUCACAGGAAUGGUUUAUCAGGGCCUGCUGUUAAGUGAAAGACGAAGAUUACGCACUGAGAGCAUCGAGGAGCAUGCAACGCCAAGCUCACUUCCUGCCCAGUGGCCAGGUGUGACCUCGCUCAUUAAUCUGCUCGCCUCUGCCCAGGAUGAGGACCAGCCUAAGCUGAACAUCAUGUUGUGUGAGGCCGUCGUGGCUGUUUAUCUCAGUUUGCUGAUCCAUGGCCUAGCCACCCACUCUAGCAACGAGCUGUUUCGGCUCGCUGCACAUCCCCUGAACAGCCGCAUGUGGGCUGCUGUGUUUGGAGGAGGUGCAAAACUAAUAGUGAAGAUGAAGAGACCCUCAGAGACUGCACCAGCUGUGUUAGAUGGAGAUAAAACAGAAAGCUUGUAUAUAGUAGGAACUGAACAGAGUAGACCAGCACAUACUGAGCAGCAAUCUGCAUUCCAAAUCACUCUGUCUACUACUGUGAGUGCCACUGAACUUAAAGGAGACAUGUCACCUCCAUCAAAUUCUCCUCCUGCCCCUGCAGAAGAGGUAGACAAGCAUCGCCGCCGGUUCAACAUGAGGAUGCUGGUGCCUAGCAGGCCAUCCAAAGAGACAGUGACACCUCCUCCGGUCCCCACAGAGAGGCCAACGUACAAGGAGAAGUUCAUUCCUCCAGAGCUUAGCAUGUGGGAUUAUUUUGUGGCCAAACCCUUCCUCCCAUUGUCGGAGAGUGGCGCCCUGUACGAUUCUGAUGAGAGCAUUCCAAGUGACGAGGAGGAUGAUGACGAUGCAUUCCUUUCUGACACUCAGAUGACGGAGCAUUCUGACCCAAACUCUUACAGCUGGGCACUAAUGCGAUUAGCCAUGGUUAAGUUAGCUCUGCACAAUAUCAGGACGUUCUUUCCUGUGGCCGGACUGGAAUUUGCAGACUUACCUGUCAACUCACCUUUGGGUAAUGCGGUCAUGAAAACAUUGGAAAACUGGGAGCAGGUUCUGGUGGAAAAAAUGAACAAGUUUGAGGGUCCUCCACCAAAUUACAUCAACACCUACCCCAGUGACCUUACUGCAGGAGGGGGGCCAGCCAUACUGAGACACAAAGCCAUGCUGGAGCCAGAGAACACUCCCUUCAAGGCCAAACAUCACCUGGCAUUUCCUGUUAAACGGCUGUGGCAUUUUCUGGUGAAGCAAGAGGUCCUGCAGGAGACUCUGAUUCGCUACAUCUUCACCAAGAAGAGGAAGCAGAGUGAGUCUGUAGAAGACCAUGUGGAGCAACUCAAACAAAACUGCGUAGCGGGAGAUCGCAAAAGCAACAAGGUGGAAGCAGAUCUUGGCUAUCCAGGAGGAAAAGCUAAAAUUAUUCACAAGGAAUCAGACAUUAUAAUGGCCUUUGCCAUUAACAAGUCAAAUAAUAAUGAAAUAGUCCUUGCAUCAACCCAUGAUGUGCAAGAAGUUGACAUUUCCAUUCUUCUGGCUGCUCAGCCAUAUACCUGGAUUGGGGAGGAGUGUGACCGGGAGUCACGGAGCUCUGACGAUCUUGAUCAUCGGUCUUCCCACACCAAUAUUGCCCAGGCUAGCGCUCCACAUUUUGCCUCCACUCAGAUACCAGCCUCCGCAUCGAUGCCAUGGCUAGGCAGUGGGCAAACAAGCAUGGGGGCGAGUGUGAUUAUGAAAAGGAACUUGAAUAAUGUCAAAAGAAUGACCUCACAUCCCGUUUACCAGUAUUAUUUAACUGGAGCUCAGGAUGGCAGUGUGCGGAUGUUUGAAUGGAGUCGACCUCAGCAACUGAUAUGUUUUCGACAGGCUGGCAAUGCAAGGGUCACAAGAAUGUACUUCAAUUCUCAAGGAAACAAGUGUGGGGUCGCAGAUGGAGAAGGAUUUUUAAGCCUUUGGCAAGUAAACCAAACAGCAUCUAAUCCUAAACCUUAUUUGAGCUGGCAGUGUCACACUAAAUCAACUGGAGAUUUUGCUUUUAUAACCUCCUCAAGCCUCAUUGCUACAGCAGGGCAGUCCAAUGACAACAGAAACGUGUGUUUGUGGGACACUCUGAUUUCGCCUAAUAAUAGCCUGGUGCAUGCUUUCCCCUGUCAUGACAAUGGUGCCACGGUACUCCAGUAUGCACCUAAACAGCAGCUUAUUGUUUCUGGAGGUAGAAAAGGCUUCAUCUGCAUAUUUGAUAUAAGACAAAGACAACUGCUUCACACAUUCCAAGCACAUGAUUCAGCCAUCAAAGCUCUGGCGAUGGACUCCUCAGAGGACUUCUUUAUCACUGGCUCCGCUGAAGGAAACAUGAAGGUGUGGAAAUUAACAGGUCAUGGAUUGAUUCACUCAUUUACAAAUGAGCAUGCUAAGCAGUCCAUCUUCAGGAACAUCGGUGCUGGGGUCAUGCAGAUUGAAACCUGCCCAGGAAAUCGCAUUUUCACAUGUGGAGCAGAUGGGACCCUGAAAAUGAGGGUUUUGCCUGACCGUUACAAUAUACCUGCAAGUAUAUUUGAUAUUUUAUAAAUUAUACACAUAAAGCUUUUGACAGCAAAAUUUAAGUUCCUUGAUUGUGGAUAGUGGCAAAGUGAAGCUUACAGUUAUUUUUCCAAAGCUUGAUAAGAGAUGCAAGGAAUUCUACUUGAGUUUAAAAAAGUUACAUUUGUUCCAGAAUCUCUUAUAGAGUGUAUUAAUAGGAAAGCUAUGCAUGUACUGUAAUUGUAAAAGCGGUGCAAUCACAGGUUAUUGGUUGUGCUCUGUAAAAGUACUCAAUGCCGAUUUUUUUUUUUUAAAAGGUGUGUAUCUGUUGUCAUUUUGUGCCCACAGCUAUUAACAAAAAAAUCAACAACAAAAAAACUCUUAGCUUCUACUACAAACACUGUAGUUCUGUAUUUCAAGUUGGUGAGUGGUCUCCAGUGUGAACUGAGUUGUUGGAUCUGCAUUUUGUUUCUGCUGCUUACAUCAGUAUAUUAAAUGCCUGGCCCUUUAAACCUGUUUGUAUUGUAGGGUUAUGGUGACAGGAUAAAUAAUGUGUUCUUACAUGCAUCCAUAAACACUGUUAUGAAGUGUUUAUAAAAUCCAUGUAAGAUCUAUACAUUGGGAUAUUCUGUGAAAUAUUGUAAAUGUAAUUUAUGUUUCAUCUAUUUGGUGCAUCAGUUUUGCAUUUAAACUGGCGGAUUAAUCUAU